CGAUGGAGAGAGGGAGGCGAAAGCAGCAGUCUCACAUUCGACACACUCGCACCUCCCUGGUGGGUGUGUGUACUGUAGUCAUGUGUGUGAGAGAGAGAGCGAGCGCGUGAAUGUUCAUUGCCUACCAUCGAGCUCAAAGGCGACGGGCGCACAGAAAGGGAACACAGCUCGUUUCUUUGACCAGAGGACUUCAUAAGGAGCCAUCAUAACAGAGAUAUUGUCCGACGAACUAAAUACAUUUGGUGAACGCGUGUAGCACUACUCAUUUGAAGCAACGACUACAUCUCAAUGCAAACGGCUUUCACAGUUGUGGACCUACCGCUGGGCUCGGUGUUUACAAACCCUGCUGUUAUUCAUAUAUUUUGUUCCCGCAUUCAUUUAUCGUGUUGUGUUCAAGGUUGUUACUUAGCCGCAUUGCUUUUACGCGCAGUGGCCAUCUGAGCAAAGCCAUUAUUCUCUCGUAUCCGGGCGCUCAUAUCGUAAAUACAGCAUAUGAACGAGGUCUGCAUGACUGCAGAGGUGGGGACAAGCAGCAGCCUUAGGAGCAGGUUUGGAUUUGAACGAUAACCUAAAUGCUGGCGACGCGGUAAACGCCAAACCAUAAUUUGAAGAGGGGCGUCACUGGCGAUUCACAUCGCAGCACCGGACAUUUAAGUAUUUGCUAUGCCUAAAGACUGAUGGGUUUGUGUUCUACUUGACACAAUUGGCACACGCGGAGCAUUGCGAUUUUACACUGUAAGUAGCCCAAUCGGCUACAAUGUAGAAGCGCAGGCGUAUUUCUUGUAGAGCCUCUAUACAUUUCGCUUUAAUUAGUGUUCUGUUAAGCCUUAUUGCGGUAUUCGAUCAAAAUGCCGGCCGGAAUGAAGCCUUUGGAAAAGUUUUUGAAAAAACAGACCACUGCGCUUAGUCGAGCUGGUGGCUUCGGGGACAAGGCGACUGGCACCGGGGCUUCUCGGCGACGUGCCAGCCUGUCCCGAGUGGUGGGCCUACCAUUCUUCAGGGAGACUUCACCAGAGAGCGGUCCUGCCCGGGAAGUGUUUAGUCCAGAUACAGAGGAGGCCCCAUGCUGGCCCUCCGCCACCGCGGACAUCAGAAGCCCGUCUCUGUCCAGUGACGAGCAAAGCUCUGAGGCGAGCUUGGACACUAAUUGGACCCCGCUGCCCCCGGAUACACCGGACAACCUGGCGCAGGCGCUUCUGGACAGUGUGGCGGGGAAACGUUUCGGAAAUUGCACAGAAAUACUCCUGGAUGACUUCAUGCUGACACACCCCAUCUUCUUGGCCUCCGACAAGUUCCAGCAGUUCCUCCUUCAACAGUUCAGCCCUGAGGGGCCGUCUGGCGAGGGCUGGCCAGGAUGGGAGGGCUCCGAGCGGAAGCAGGCCGUGCUCAGCGUGGCUUUCCGCUACCUGGACACCUACCGGGAGCUUCUGCAGGAGGAAGGGGAGAGGUCCAACAGCUUCCCCAAGGACCUGUAUCUGUGUGCGGUGCAGGAGCUGAGUCAGUACCCUGAGCUUGUGGAGGACGUACUCAAGCUGCAGCGCUGGACUGAGAUCCUGCACAACCCGACGGAGGAGGAGAAGGAGUGUCGUAAGAAGCAGGUGCGGCCUCUCUUCCGUCACUUCAGACGCAUCGAUGCCUGUCUGCAACCACGAGAGGCCUUCAGAGGGUCCGAUGAGAUCUUCUGCAGGGUGUACACGCCGGACCACUCCUACGUGACCAUCCGCAGCAGGCUGUCGUGCCGCGUGGGGGAGAUCCUGGCACUGGUCAAGGAGAAGCUGCAGUACAGCGAGGACCAGCCCGUCCAGCCUGGGAACCUCGUCCUGGUGGCCGUCACCUCCGCUGGCGAGAAAGCGGUGUUUCGUCCAAGUGAUGAGGCCGUCUUCACCACACUGGGGGUGAACACACACCUCUUCGCCUGUGAGCCGUCAGAGCUUGAGACUCUGAUGCCACUGCCUGAGGAGAUCCACUGGUCACCCGGGGACAGUAAACUCCAUGACAUGAGCGCGGAGGAGGUAGCCAAUCAGCUGGUGGUGUUCGACUGGGAGCUCUUCAGCUGUGUCCAUGAGGUGGAGUUUGUGUGCUAUGUGUUCCAUGGGGAGCAGUCUCGCGGCGCCCCCCUAAACCUGGAGCUGAUAUUGCAGCGCUGCAGCGAGGUGCAGCACUGGGUCGCCACAGAGAUCCUGCAGUGCCAGUCGCUCCCCAAACGUGUGCAGCUCCUGCGCAAGUUCAUCAAGAUUGCAGCCCUGUGUAAGCAGCAGCAGGAUCUGCUGUCCUUCUUGGCUGUGGUUUUGGGGCUGGACACAGCAGUCAGCAGAUUACGCCUCACCUGGGAGGGUUUACCGGGCAAGUUCAGGAAGCAGUUCCAGCAGUUUGAGAGUACUGCGGACCCUUCAAGGAACCACAAGUCUUAUAGGGAUCUGAUGGCCAGUCUGAGGCCCCCUCUCAUCCCAUUCACGCCCCUCCUGCUGAAAGAUCUGACCUUCCUUCAUGAGAGCUGUAAGACCUUCCAUGGGGAGUUGGUCAACUUUGAGAAGAUGCAUAAAGUGGCAGAGAUGGUACGCACCAUCAGACGAUACAGGAGUUCUCAGCUCGCUGUGGAGGCCGAGCCAUCCCCCUCUCACCUCCAGACGAAGGCCUACGUGCGCCAGCUUCAGGUCAUUGACAAUCAGAACCUGCUGUUCGAGAUGUCCUGCAAGCUGGAGCCCAAAGACAUGUGAGCCAGAGUCCAGAGGAACCUCUGACCCACUGAAGACCACACCCCUUAACCUGUAAAACCCGCCCUUCCAUCCCCCCCAGGACCAAUUAGCUCCCACCUUUUAAUCAGGACCACGCCCUCUCUGUUUCAGGAUCCCUCUCCAAAAAGACCCAUCAUUGGUCAACCCCUUCUCCUUAACUCUGGUCAUUCAUUGGUUACCUCUCCCCAAGACUAUGUCUCCUUGAGCUGUGGAUUGAACAGUUUGGACAGUGUUGUUUUCAAGAACUUGCCACUCAUGGUAAAAGCAAUUGUCAUCCAAUCAAUGACUGAGCAAAGACUAGCUCUAACAAGGGAUGGCCUAACACUAAUGUCAAAAGCAAAGGUUCAAGGAUUCCUGCCUCUGUCCUGAUUUGUCAGGAAGAGGCUGUGGAACUGUCGCCAGUGUUGUGGUCCAAAUGAGGCUGUGGAACUAAAGCUGCUGUUUUGAUUGGCCCAUAGAAGGCUGUGGCUGGACAGAAGUCACAUCUCCACAGGGAGACCACAGAAGGGAAUGGCAGUGAUCUCCAUGGGACAAUGGGAAGUUUGCUUGUGAAGCCCCUCCCUACCUGCUUUCUCAUUGGUCAUCUCUAAGCAAUGCCUGUCCAGUCUGCACUGCCAGAAACCGAACUCAACUGCACAUGAACUCCUCCUGGAAGAGUAGCGGAUAGGCCAUUAUCCUAUUAGGAGCUACUCAGGACAGAAAGGGAAAGUGGUUUCUGACUGCAUAAGCUUCAUCCUCUGUUUUUUUCUUAUUUUCUCUUAGACAUCUGGACUUGAAGACUUUUUUGACCCCCCCCCCCCCCCCCCGCCCCCUUUUGUGAGACAAUCUUACCUCUACACCCUUAGUGUCUCCUCCAAAACCCAUGACUGCAAACCCAACCCAUCCCACCCUAACCCAAUCUUACCUCUCUCUUUUUGUUCUCUCGAGCCAACGUGGGCACUUAUUCUCGGGUAAGCUGAAAGCGCUAAGUUCAGCUAUUGGAGGCAACGCGUCGUCCUCUCCUGAGAACCACAAAAUCUGCUAGUGCUGCUGACGUCAAAGACUUCUACAUCGCAGGCGAACGGCCUCCGCUGGACACGGAAGCUCUCAGCUGCACCUUUGCACCAUGAAAACAAAACAAACAGAAGCAAAGCCAUGGACUCGAGCCAAGAUGGCGGCUCAGCCUGGAAUGGAGCUGGCCCUGAUUCGGCCAUGCUGUGGCCCGGUCAGGGCCGGGUCUGUCCCAGGCUUGGCUGUCAGUCAGGGAUGCCUCUCUCUGGGUCAGGAGCAUCACCUCCUCCAUCCAACUCCUCUUUAGCUACAUUACUGAAGGGGCAUUACAUCUCCGUCAGUGAACACAGUUCGAGCUCCUGAAAACCAUGAACAGUGUGCAAUGAAGAUACCAGAACCCCGUAACCUGCUGGUCAUUCAGCUUCUUUUAAAAUGCUUGUGUGCUCUGCAAAAUGCCAUGGACAUAGAACACAGAGUUACCAUUUUCGGGGUCACGGCCUAAACCAAGAUCCCAGUAGAGCUCAAAGCUAUUUAAAGUGUAUUUGUUUUUGCCAGUUUGACUGUAUUGAAAUGCACCUAGUUUGGGAGGAUUUCAGCUAUUGGUCAUAUUAGCAUUUUGAUGUCACUUAAGAGCAAUUACCAAGUCCAUUUACCAUACUUUUUUGGUGUAGAGUAUUGACUGUGUUUUAAUCGAACUGUGAUGGUAAGUUUAUUUUUUCUUUGUACAUGUCGCUUUGCUUUUUAAACAUAAGCUAGUGAAUGUGUGAAGUGAAAAUGACAUGCUUCAUGCUGACGUGCUGGAUGUGAAGAACUACUUCCGGGUGAAAUGGCUUCCACCUGUUUGCCUGCGAUAUGACGGCCUCAGGAUCACUACCUGGGUCAACCUCCAUUCAGAGGGCUGCCUGGCUGGCUGUCGUGUAAAUAAUAAUUCAAAAUGUAAAUAAAUAAAUAAUAUGGAGAUUCUAUUUUAUGUAUGAGCAAUGAGAUGGCCGUUCUAGAAGAAUAUUUGUUUUGUACAUUUAAAAGAACGGGUGUUCCUUGUACAGUAAAAAAUUGAACACAUGUAAGAAAGAAAAGAAAGUUAGUUGUCAGAAAUGGAUGGCGUUAGCUAACCUAAAGAUGGAUAAAUUGUACAGCUUUAUCUCCAUUUUGUGUUUUGGUUCUGAUUGUUUACUUUGUGUUAUGGCUUUAGUUGGACUAUAUUUUUUAUUUGGUUUUGUAUUUUGGUUGUGUUUUCAUUUGGUUAAGUUUAAGCUAUGGUUGCUUCUUUUUCUUGAAACGGGUAAGAAUCCGAAUCUUGUUGUACUCUCUUUUGAGUUUUGUACAGAAGUCAGUGUUUACAAGUGAACUCUCCUGAAACUUGUCAGGGCGCUCUCAUUCUUUCUGGGAGGGUGCACCUCUUCAGCGCCAGAGAGGAACACAAUGCAUCCAAAUAAAGCCUCUUCUGAUGAA